AUGAGUACUGAGAAAGAAAAAGGUUCUUGGGACCUUAAAGCAACUGAAGGCUUUAUCAUAGCAUGUUUGGAACAAGUGUCCAAAGGAGAACAACUUGGUACAAGUUUUACCAAGAAUGGGUGGAAUGGAAUUGCAUUCGAAAAUCCUUUAUAUGGAAAAUUUAUGAUCAAGGGACUUCUAUUUGCUCACAAGUUGACUAAAAUUUUUAAGGAUGUAGUUACUAAUGGAGAGUUUCAAUGGGCUUCCUCGUUUAGGAUAUUACCUAUUGGUGUUGAGGUUGAUAUGAAUGAUGGGUAUCGUCUAAGUCUUGAGGGCAUUGGCCUAUAUUUAGAGGAAGACUCGGGUGAUAGUGAAGAUUCAAGUGUUGGUGCAACAAAUGUUUUUGAGGGAAUUCAUUUGAAUGAUUCACAAGGAAUUGUUAGCCAAGGAAUUAGUGGCCAAAAGAGUAGGGAAAAUAAAAAGAGAAUUAAUCACACUGAAAAGUAA